AUGGAUAUGGAAAUCCCUGAACCGCUCCUGGAGAAGCUUUUGCCUCCAAAGAACCUCUCCCAUCACUUUUCCAACACUACUUUGAAGCGGAAGGCUAGUUCAAUCAAGCAGUACUACAAGUUCUUCAACAUCCCAGGCAUCAAGAAUCUGGCUGGAGGACUCCCCAACUCUCAAUUCUUCCCCUUCAAGACACUCGAAGCCCAGUCUGUCCAGUCCGACAGCCGGAUUCCUACCCCCAAUGACCCCCACGAGCCUCCGAGCCCCGACAAUGGCAAGAAUGACAAGGUCGGCGAAGCCACCGACCACAUCAUUGUCCCUAUGACCUCGUCCGAGAAGGAUCCGGUCAAGAAGAUUGAUCUAGAGACUGCCCUUCAGUAUGGUACGAGUGAGGGUUAUCCCCCUCUUGUUUCUUUUAUCCGCCAAUUCUCCAAGCAGGUCCUGCAUCCUGCCGUUCCCCAUUCCGAUGGCGUUGAAGUCGUUAUGACUUGUGGUUCCACUGACGGCUUCUCCAAAACGCUGGAGCUUUUCACGAAUCCUUGGACUGUCGGAAGACCCGUUGAGGAGAAGCAAAGCAUCAUGGUUGAAAUGUUUGUAUACCCCAAUAUUCUGAGCCAGGCAGAACCCCGUGGCAUGAACAUUGUUCCCAUUGCCAUGGAUCCUACUGGCAUUUUGCCCUAUGGUGUGGGUGCAUUGGAGGAUGUUUUGGAAAAUUGGAAUCCUGACUACGGACAGCGGCCUCAUCUCCUAUACACUGUGACGAUGGGUCAUAACCCAACUGGUGGUGUCUUGCCUAUGCAAAGAAAGGAGAAAAUCUACGCUAUUUGUCAGAAGUACGAUGUGAUCAUCGUUGAAGAUGAACCGUACUGGUACUUGCAAUACCCAUCUGCUGCCGUAGCAGAGACCCGCUCUAGGCAUCAGAUUGAGCUCGAACCUGAUGUCCCCACUCCCCCGGCGAAGUCAUCCGGCUAUGAGUUCAUCGACUCCCUUGUCCCAUCGUUCUUGAGUAUCGAUGUCGAUGGGCGAGUGGUGCGCCUCGACACGUUCUCUAAGACGGUCGCUCCUGGCUGCCGUCUCGGAUGGAUUACUGCCCAGCCAGCUCUUAUCGAGCGAUAUGUCCGUAUUACCGAGACUAGUACCCAGCAGCCGUCUGGAUUUGUCCAGAGUAUCAUCGCUCAACUUCUUCUGGGUGAUCAGGUCGAAACCGUCGCUCGGUUCAUGUCACUCAGCCUGAAGGAGCGCCAGUCCUUUACAGGCUGGUCCAUGGAUGGGUGGGUCCGUUGGCUCGCCGGCCUUCGCGGUUCGUAUGAGCGUCGCAUGAACCGCAUGUGCUCUAUCAUUUCCGAGUCGACUCAUCGGACUAAGGUGUACAAUGAUCCCACCGAGGACUGGAGCUACGUCAUCAGUGACCAUCUGGCCCGCUUCAAGUGGCCUCGCGGAGGCAUGUUCAUUUGGAUCUAUGUUCGGCUUGUCAAUCACGAUUGUUUUAGGAAGAAGGGCAAGAAGUACACCCUCACUGGCGAGAUCAUGUCCACUGCCCUGGUGGUCCACCUGACUCACGAACCUUACAAGGUCCUCGUCGCUCCCGGAACCAUGUUUGCUGCUAACCGGUCCGUUCGUCAGCAAUACGGUUGGUGUUACUUCCGCCUCUGCUUCGCCGCCGAGGCUGAGGAGAACAUCGACGAUUCGGCUCGCCGCUUCGCCGAGGGGUUGCAGUCCUUCUUUGAUAUCAAGGACGUGAAGCGCCUUGAGAGGUUGUACGAGGAGUUUGAUAGUAUGGCCGGUGUGGGUGUCAAUGCUGCUUGUGCUGGAGGAGGCUUGAUGGGUUGUUAA